CAAAACCCAUCCUUGAUAGAAUUGGAUAAAGAAAGAUAGAGCUGCUUCAAAAUCAAAAUCCAUUAAUGGCGUUUAUUGCUGCCAACACUUCACUGCCAAGAGCCUGCGCAACGAAUCAUCUCACCGAGAAACAAAAGAAACCUACAUCUCAAACAGGGUACUCUAAUAAUUCUAGUAUUGGUAACAAGAAAGCUGUCCAGUUUGUUUCUCUGGACAUUGAAGGCUAUGAAAAAACCCAGAUUGGAGGAAGAACGGAAGACUCUGCAGUUAAGUUCUCCGAUGAGCGUUGGAAGAAAGGGACUUGGGAUUUGAACAUGUUUGUCAAAAAUGGCAGAAUGGACUGGGAUGGUGUCAUUGUUGCAGAAGCAAAAAGGAGAAAGUUUCUUGAAAAGUUUCCUGAUGCAUCAUCUAUUGAAGAACCUGUGAUAUUCAGAAGCUCAAUCAUUCCUUGGUGGGCAUGGAUUAAUCACUCCCAUCUUCCUGAGGCUGAGCUUCUAAACGGUAGAGCUGCAAUGGUGGGAUUCUUCAUGGCUUAUUUGAUUGACGUAAUGACGGGUCUUGAUCUUGUUGGACAAACAGGCAACAUCAUGUGCAAAGGCGGCUUGUUCCUGACUGUACUAGGAGUUAUCCUAUUCAGGCGCCAAGGAGAUUUCGAGAAUCUUAAAAAGCUAACCGAUGAAGCCACUUUUUAUGACAAACAAUGGCGAGCUUCAUGGGAAGAUCAAGAACCCGGCCAAAGAUAGUGGGUAAAACUCAAACUAUAGUCGAGAAUUGUGUUGCAUGUUUUAUUUUUACUUUUAAUUUUAGAGUGAGACUCAUUUCUU